AUGUCUGAUUCUAUGAAUAUCAAUGAAGUUCUCCAGCAAGCACUCUCUAUUACAGAAACUCAACCUGCUGAUGCUGAAAAGAUACACGUAUCAGACACUAUAGAAAAUAAACCAAGUGCCCCUCCCAAUGUCUCAGAGUCAAAAAUAGAAGCAGUUUCUGUCCCUGAAGUACCCACAGAAAAGAUACCUUUGAAUAAAUCUACCACAUGUAUAUUUACAAGUUUUCUUCCCAAAUCUCAAUUUUGUGUUGGUUUAUUUGAAAACUUGAGAAACCUAGCUGAGAUUAUAACUGAAAUCAACACACAAUGUUCAGCAUCAGAAGAAAGUUAUCUUCCUAAAAUUGGAGAAUAUGUAGCAGCUUUGUUUGAAGGUAGUUGGUAUCGGGCUGAGGUUUUAAAUAUCCUGGAUGAUAAAAUAACAGUUCUCUUCAUAGAUUAUGGCAAUAACAGUGAUGUUUCUGUGAAAGAAAUACGUAAAUUGAAUCCAAGACAUCUCAAAUUACCAGCUCAAGCCAUCACUUGUUCAUUUGAUGGUAUAGAUGCACCUCUUUCUAAAGAUCAACAGACUCAACUUGAAGGUAUAUUACAUGAGGACAAAUUGAGUGUCCAGGCUUCCAGUGUUACUGAUGGUGUUUACAGAGUGACUGUUAUAAUGUCUGAUUCUAUGAAUAUCAAUGAAGUUCUCCAGCAAGCACUCUCUAUUACAGAAACUCAACCUGCUGAUGCUGAAAAGAUACACGUAUCAGACACUAUAGAAAAUAAACCAAGUGCCCCUCCCAAUGUCUCAGAGUCAAAAAUAGAAGCAGUUUCUGUCCCUGAAGUACCCACAGAAAAGAUACCUUUGAAUAAAUCUACCACAUGUAUAUUUACAAGUUUUCUUCCCAAAUCUCAAUUUUGUGUUGGUUUAUUUGAAAACUUGAGAAACCUAGCUGAGAUUAUAACUGAAAUCAACACACAAUGUUCAGCAUCAGAAGAAAGUUAUCUUCCUAAAAUUGGAGAAUAUGUAGCAGCUUUGUUUGAAGGUAGUUGGUAUCGGGCUGAGGUUUUAAAUAUCCUGGAUGAUAAAAUAACAGUUCUCUUCAUAGAUUAUGGCAAUAACAGUGAUGUUUCUGUGAAAGAAAUACGUAAAUUGAAUCCAAGACAUCUCAAAUUACCAGCUCAAGCCAUCACU